AUGACAUCGAACGGCUCGUCUAACGGCAUCAGCGCGCUAGUUGCAAGCAUCGGCAAGGGUACUUACCACGACGACUCCGAAGCGGUGUGCAAAGUGGUCAAGAACCUUAUCGAUGUUGUCUGCUUGCAUGAACAGGCUCGUUUGCGCGCUCGCGAGAAUGACUCUGGUCGUCUUAACUCCACGACGCUCGAAGAUAGCCCCACAGACACUGAAACCAACCUGAAACCAUUAGGGCGCAGCUCAGCGGACGAACCCCAAAUUGGGCACGAGGCAAGAGGCGACACGGUCAAGCCAACCGCCACCGAGAGCCAUCCUGCUUGCGAGGGGCAAGACCACGCUGCUUCUCUCGGCACUGAAGCCAGCUCCAAGGAGGUUCUUGCGGAUGGAACGCCUCACGAAUCCGUGGGGCCAGUUAAGUCGAAAACCAAGCAUGAAGCAAACAAGAACAGAAGCAAGGAGAGCAAGUCUCAAGAGGACGUCGAUCCCGACCAAGCCCGCCUCCAGCGCCUUUGUCGGGUGGAGCGCGAGGAGGCCAGGAUGCGGGCGGGUCUGCCUCCCUGCGAGAGCCGGCCAUCAGAGCUCGUUAAGAGACUGAAGAAGCUGCGUGCUUUCAUAAAGGAGCAGCCCGGCGUCGAGGAGUACUCCUCUGAGGCGAUUUGA